AUAUAUACCUUUGAGAUUCACCAUUCCCACACCACAAGUAGAAAGCUUUCUUAAAAAGAAGCUAAGAUGGCCAUAACUCUCAAGUCUUUAGUCACUCCUUUGCUUUUGUGUGCUUUCUUUAUACUUAUCUUACAGGUUGCUGCAGAGAAUCCAAUAUCUGAAGCUGAAGAUGAAUCUGCACCAAUCCUUCAAGAAUCGAUGGUCAAACAUAUCAAUGAGAAUGCGGAAGCCGGAUGGGAAGCUGCAUUCAACCCCAAAUUAACGAAUUUCACGGUUUCCCAAUUUAAGGGCCUUCUUGGAGAACUGCCUGCAACAGAAGGUGAUUUGGAGGCAGUUCCUAUUUUAACUCGUCCAAGACCUACACCGUUACCGGAAGAGUUUGAUGCACGAGAUGCUUGGCCUCAAUGCAGCACAAUUAGAGAUAUUCGGGAUCAGGGACAUUGUGGUUCUUGUUGGGCUUUUGGUGCUGUUGAAGCGUUGUCUGAUCGUUUCUGCAUCCAUUAUGACGUGAAUGUCACUCUGUCUGCAAAUGAUCUCAUCUCGUGCUGCGGUGCUUUUUGCGGGAGAGGUUGUAAGGGUGGAAAUUCUGUAGCAGCGUGGAGAUACUUUCGACGUAGGGGAGUGGUUACAGAAGAGUGUGAUCCUUACUUUGACCAGAUCGGAUGUCCCCACCCUGGUUGUUCACCUAAAUAUCGCACCCCAAGGUGUCGUGGGAGGUGUGUCGACGGGAACCAAAAAUGGGGGAAUUCAAAGCAUUAUGUUGUCAAAGCAUACAGGAUCAGACGUAAUACCCGCAGAAUCAUGGCAGAAAUUUACAAACACGGACCAGUUCAGGUCUCUUUCACUGUGUACGCGGAUUUUGCUCACUACAAGUCUGGAGUUUACAAGCAUGUAAAAGGGAAAAAAUUGGGAGGCCAUGCUGUUAAGAUUAUCGGAUGGGGAACUAGUGAGCAGGGAGUGAACUAUUGGCUCGCUGCUAAUUCUUGGAAUAGAGACUGGGGUGAUGAUGGAUUCUUCAAGAUCAGAAGAGGAACAAAUGAGUGUGGCAUUGAAAAUACUAUGGUGGCUGGAAUUCCUUCAAGAAGAAAUUUGAAUGCGGAACUUGAUGAUGCUUUCCCUGAUGCUUCACUAUAAAUGGCCUACUAUUUCUUCAGAAUAGUCGUAGUAAUGUAAUAUGACUUGUGAACUUGAAUAUUUACUUGUUGGUAGGCCGAGGGUCUUUCGAAAUUCUCCCCAAUUAAUCCCCACUUUAUGGGAUUUCACUGGCUAUGUUAUUGUUGUCGUCGUUGUUGUUGUUUGAAUAAAUAAUCACUUGUUUGUUA